CCAACUUCUCCGAUCCUUCCUACAUGCAGUCAGGGGACGGAUGGGAUAUUCCAUAUCCUCCGAGGAAGACGGAUGUGAUAGUUAACCGAGUGGGGAGCACAACUUGUUCUUAAGUGAUUUGUGAGUGGUUUACAAGCAACCUUGACCCUUUGGACCAGGAGGCCCAAACAGACACGAGCAGUCAAACAGGUUCUCUUGAACGGAGCAUCAACAAGCUCCAAGUGGAGAACAGCUUAUACUCACAACACACUGGCAAUUACUUUUUCAUUAGGUAUUGACUGUAAUCAGAAAAAUACGAGGGUUUCCCCCGCCCUGGCAGGUUUUGUAAAGGGGGAGAUUUCCGUGGCUCUACCGGGGGAAAAGUGAACCUCUUAUGCAAAACACAGAAGAAACAGGAAACCUUUUUUUUCCCGACCAACCAAACAGCGGCACCUGUCAUCUGAGCAGCUGAUGGGUUUAUUAAAGCUAUUUACUGUGCCUGAGAAGUUGUGGGAAGGUGGGUGGUGGGUUUGUUUUCCCCCACCACCACUGCAGCUGGUGAGAGUGAAGGACAACUUUGCAGGGGAGAGAAAGAGAGAGAAAGAGACUUGAAAAGGCUGAUGCCCAUUUAGACCGCCACCAUGUCGAUGUACCUGAAGCAUUUUACGGUCGUGGGUGACGAUCCUGCUCAGUGGAACAAUGAUUACAAGAAGUGGAAGGAAGAAGAUAUGGAGGAGGAAGGAGAAGGGAAGUCCCCCGAGACAGCGGUCAAAGUGGAUUCGCCUCCGAGGCGUCUGACUUUCCGGGACAUGAUGAAGAAACUGUUCCAGACGCACAAGUUUCAGAUCUUGGUUGUCUGCCUAGUUAUCUUGGAUGCCGUGCUGGUCCUGGGAGAACUCCUCUUCGAACUAAAGAUCAUCCAUCCAGACAAGGACGACAUUGCACCCAAGGUCUUCCAUUACCUGAGCCUUUCCAUCUUAACCCUCUUCCUGGUGGAAGUGAGUUUCAAACUCUUUGCCUACCGCCUGGAAUUCUUCCAUCACAAGUUUGAAGUCUUGGACGCUGUCGUCGUCAUCAUCUCGUUCGUCCUCGACAUCGUCGUCCUCUUCCGGGAACAUGAGUUUGAAGCCCUCGGCUUGCUGAUCCUCCUUCGGCUGUGGCGUGUGGCCAGGAUUAUCAAUGGGAUCAUCUUGUCGGUGAAGACGCGAUCUGAGCAGCAGGUGUCCAAGCUGAAACAAGCCAACUUGCAGCUGACGGUAAAGGUCCAGCAGCUGGAAAGCAACUGUGCAGAGAGGGAGCUGGAAAUUGAACGGCUCAACCGCUUGUUGAAGCAACAUGGACUUCUCGACCAGUCCAGAUAGGUGUCAGGCGGCCCCUCCUGGGCUGAAGCGCUUCGGAGAAGUAAGCGCCAGGCCUGAGAGGCUAUCUUAUUUUCCUCUCGUUGUACUGUGACCUUUCGAAAAUAUUCUUUUGUAUAUUCUCUACAUUGUCUACAGAUGUAUCCUAUUCUCCUUUGCUCGCUUGAGAUGCGAUCAGGGUUGCGAAACAGCUCAAAACUGGGGCAGAAAUCCUAUUAUUCCAAUGUUUAAUUGUACAGCUGUACAGGUUAAAAAAUAUAUAUAGCAAAAAUAAUUUAAUAAAAUCAAAUCUGU